CCAGAGUGAGGGAUGCUGGGAGGAGGAAGAGGAGGAGGUGACACCAGCAGAGGCUGCAGAGAUGCUAACAGCUCAGACACACAAACACACUCUGGCAGGAGCUAACUGCUAACACACACAGAGAGACAGACACACACACAGGCAGAGAGACAGACAGACACACACACACACACACAGGCAGACAGGUAAAGGCAGGCUGAAGCUGGCAGCACACACACUUUGUGUGAACUAGCUGCUGUUAGCAUGCUGUGGAGAGAAGGCUAAUCUACUGACACACACACACACACACACACACACGCAAAGCAAUGCAGUGUCCAGGGCUUUCAAUUGGACGGUGCAGAUGUAGUCAAACCUCAGAUUGACAAACACUUGAGUGGGGGGCGGAGCCUGCAGGUGGUGAUGUCAAAGCGAGGAGCAGGAGGGCGGGGUAAGGGGGAGCGACUGGACACCAUGGCAACUCUUCAAGCAGCCAAUGAGGAGCUCAGAGCAAAACUGACAGAGAUCCAGAUCGAACUACAACAGGAAAAGAACAAGGUGAGCCGACUGGAGAGGGAGAAAAGUCAGGAGCUGAAGGCAGAGCAUCACCGGGCGGCGGUUGCUGUGACUGAGCUGAGGACCAAACUCCACGAGGAGAAGCAGAAGGAGCUUUCACUCACCCGGGAGACGUUACUACGGCAACAUGAGAUGGAGCUCAUGAGGGUCAUAAAGAUCAAAGAUGGUGAAAUCCAACGUCUUAAUGGACUGGUGCUCACCUUAAGGGAUGGAUCCACAGACAAGGUGAGGAGCGCCCUGCUGGGGGAAGUGGAGGAGGCGAGAAGGAGCUGGGAGGCGGAGCGUUGUCGCUUCCAACACGAGAUUCUUGAGCUGAGAGGAGCAAAGAGGAAUGCUGAGGAGGCGCUGACAUCGGCUCAGCAGGCCUGCCAGGCCAGAGCAGCCGAGCUGCGAUCAGCUCAUCAUCAACACCAAGAGGAGCUUAACAGGACCAAGAGAGACUGUGAGAGAGAGAUUCGCCGCCUGAUGGAUGAGAUAAAGCUGAAGGACAGAGCUGUCAGUGUUUUGGACAAAGCCCUCGGUCUGCAGGCUGGACACGCCCACCGCCUCCAGCUGCAGACUCAGGCUGCUGAACAGCAAAUUGCAGCCCUGAGAGAUGCACAGAGGGCGGGGCUAAACCACCCCACUCUUAACCCUAACCCCAACAACGCUCCUCACAUUUCUCAGGAGGAUCGUGACACUCGGAGGUUUCAGCUGAAGAUAGCUGAGCUCAGUGCCGUCGUCAGGAAGUUAGAGGAUAGAAAUGCUCUACUGUCAGAAGAACGCAACGAAUUGUUGAAGCGCCUGAGAGAGGCCGAGAGUCAGUUUCUUCCUCUUCUGGACAAGAACAAGCGUCUGAGCCGCAAAAACGAAGAGCUGGCUCUAGCGCUGCGUCGACUCGAUAACAAGCUUCGCUUCGUCACCCAGGAGAAUCUGGAGAUGGUAACUAUGAGGAGGCCAAGUUCAUUAAAUGAUCUGGACCGCAGCCACUCCACCAGUUACCAUGGUUACAGUCAGGACGAGAGAGAGAUGGAGUUUCUGCGGUUACAAGUCCUGGAGCAGCAACACAUCAUUGAUGACCUGUCCAAGGCUCUGGAGACAGCUGGUUAUGUGAAGAAUGUGAUUGAGAGAGACAUGUUACUGAGGUACCGGCGUCAGGAAUCGGGGAGGAGGAAACGGACCUUCAGAGCCUGCAGGGUCAUUGAGACGUUUUAUGGCUAUGAUGAAGAGGCGUCUGUGGAUUCUGAUGGCUCGUCUUUGUCCUUUCACACUGACAGAACUCCAGAUACUGAACCAGACGAGGAUCUCUUUGAGAAACCGAAUGGCGGAAACUACGAUGCAGAGAAGGAGAUCAAGACCAGAGAGCAGCUGCUGAGUGAGAUCAGUCGAUACCAGAGCAGAGUUUCAGAUCUGGAAUCAGCGCUGAAGCAGCAAGGACUGGACCUGAAGUGGGUGGAGGAGAAGCAGGCGUUGUAUCGGAGGAAUCAGGAACUGGUGGCGAAGGUCAGGCAGAUGGAAGGUGAAGAGCUGCGACUGAAAAACGACAUCCAGGAUGCCAAAGACCAGAACGAGCUGCUGGAGUUCAGGAUCCUGGAGUUAGAGGAGAGGGAGCGGCGCUCACCCGCCAUCAAUUUCCAACAGCUCCAUUUCCCAGAAGGCCUCAGUCCUCUACAGGUUUACUGUGAGGCAGAGGGAGUCACUGACAUUGUGAUGAGUGAGCUGAUGAAGAAGCUGGACAUUCUGGGAGAUAACGCCGUAAGUAAUCUGUCCAAUGAAGAGCAGGUGGUGGUAAUACAUGCCCGGACGGUACUCACUCUAGCAGAAAAGUGGCUGGAGUCCAUUGAAGUGACAAAAUCGGCCCUGCAGCAGAAAAUGUUGGACAUCGAGAGUGAGAAGGAGCUGUUCAGUAAGCAGAAAGGUUACUUGGAUGAAGAGCUGGACUACAGGAAGCAGUCGAUGGAUCAGGCCCAUAAGAGGAUCCUGGAGCUGGAGGCCAUGUUGUUUGAGGCUCUGCAGCAGGAAGAGGAAUCCAAGAUAGAGGGAUUAAAGAUGGAGGGUCGACUGUCUGAGAGUCUGACAGAGGGAGAGCGAGAGGAGCUGAGGAGAGCCAUGGACCAGUGGAAACGAACUGUGAUGUGUGAGCUCAGAGAGAGAGAUGCCCAAAUCCUUCGAGAGCGGAUGGAACUACUGCAGCUCACCCAACAGCGGAACAAGGAGCUGGAAGAAUUUAUAGAAGCACAGAAACGACAGAUUAAAGAGCUGGAAGAGAAGUUCCUUUUCCUGUUUCUCUUCUUCUCUUUGGCCUUCAUCCUUUGGUCCUAACAGCAGCAGUGUGUGCAGACCACCACAGUCCAGCAGCUGAGUGGCCAGGUCAGCUCAGUCUGGAUCAGACCAGGAGGACCUGAAAGGAUUCCUGGAACCAGCAGCUCACCAACCGAGGGUCUAUGGGUUCUCUGUUGCCAGCCAAUCAGAGC